UUCAUUUUCCAGUGAUAAAAGCAAAACCCAAAGGCAAGAACUGCUUGAUCAGAUCAGAGAGAACAAUAAAGAUCAAAACUUUCAUCCGAGUCCUUUUAAACCCUAACAUUGGAGUUUGGUGAACUUACAGAUUCCAGAAAGGUGAGAACUUGCUUGAUCUAUCUGGAGCAGUUGACCAACGCACUGAAAGUGUUUGAGAAAAUGGCUCAGUCAAUUGGUCCAAGGCUGUAUAGUUGCUGCAACUGCAGGAAUCAUGUAGGGCUUCACGAUGAUAUCAUCUCCAAGGCUUUUCAGGGAAGAACCGGGAGAGCCUUCCUCUUCUCCCACGCAAUGAACAUCGUGUUAGGCGCUAAAGAAGACCGGAAUCUCCUAACGGGUCUCCACACUGUGGCUGACAUAUCUUGUGCUGACUGCAAUGAACCCUUGGGCUGGAAGUACGAGAGAGCCUACGAGGCCUCGCAAAAGUACAAGGAGGGCAAGUUCAUUUUCGAAAAAGCUAAGAUUGUCAAGGAGGAGGAUUGGUAGUGAAAGAAUAAUUUGGCUACGUCAGAUUCCAGUCUUUAUGGAUUUCACAAUGGCAUCAUCCAUUUCUCAGUUCAUUGUCUCUCUCUCUCUCUGUGUGUUGUUAAUCAUGUCAGUCUCUUGUGUUUAAAUAAAUGAAAAGCUGACAUAUUAUUGUA